AUGGUUCAGUGUGCAGCUGUGUUCUUGGGCUUUGUGAUCGGACUUAGCUUGUUUACCCAGCGCUCGGGGAACUACUUUGUGACAAUGUUCGAUGACUACUCUGCUACCCUACCCCUGAUCAUCGUGGUGGUCUUUGAGACAUUCGCUGUGGCCUGGGUGUACGGAGCUGACCGCUUCUUGGAUGACAUUGAGAUUAUGCUGAAAUGGCGCCCCCCGGUGCUGUAUAAGUACCUGUGGAAGUACGUGUGUCUGUUUGCUAUGGUGGGCCUGCUGGCGGCAAGUCUACUGCGAAUGGUCUUCAAACGACCGACCUACACAGCCUGGAACCACACCACGGCAUCGGAGACAACUCUGGAGUACCCAGGCUGGGCCCUGUCCAUGUUGGCCAUGCUGAUCCUGGCUGCCACCUUGCCUGUCCCUGUUGGCUACUUCCACUCCUGGCUGAAGAACCGUGGCAUGGGCCCCGAGGGGGAGCUCGCGGGCCAGGAGAUAGACCGAGAGAGGUACACCAAGUGCAACUCCAGCGACGCCCUGGACUCCAACUCCCAGCAUACCCCUUCGGUGGAGGAUGAUGGUCGACCCAGGGCUAGCUUCCUACCACUGGGCCUCGACCACUACAGACUCCUCCCACAACAGGAAGACGUGGAGGAGGAGGAAGAGGAUACGAUGUGAGAGAGGGGUUUGAGAAUCAAGGUACGAAGAGAGGAGAGUGGCAGUCGGAAAGAGAGCCCCACUUUAGAGAGAGCGUCUCUUGACUGAAAUAGUGGAAAGGACUCCACUUAUGUUCCCAGACGUUUAAUUGAUAAGGAAUCUUAAUAAUGUAUUACAAUGUAUAUGACCGUUCAUCCAUAUUACCAAAGAAACCUAACAUUAGCACAAUGUAAUAACCUGUAUCCUUAGUGCCAACGCACACCUAUCAUAAGUGACCUAUCA